AGAGCACAAAAUCCCGCAAUUAUUAAUAUAAAUAUUUACUUUUACGUACGACAGCGAUUUCAAGACACUUUGAAAAUAAAGUUUUAUCACCUCGCCACAAAGCAUCUUAUCAGUUCUAAACCGACAUUGUUUACAAUAUGUUUAUACGCCAAUUUGUGAACCUUUGUAGUUGUUUUCAGUUUUUAAUGUAACAAAAAUUGCACAGUAUUAAUGCACUAAGUACACUAAGUACUUGUUGUUAGUUUUUUCUUUGCAAGUUUCGGCCUGUGGUACCUAUGUAGCGGUUUAUCAAAGAAAACUGUAUUAAAUGAAAAGUUAUUGGUGGUUUAUACGGAGCAACGUUUCUUGACGAAAGUCGUCACUUUGAUGAAGAAUUCAAGACGAUAACAGCACAACAAGCAAAAACACAAAACAAUCAUCAUGGGUAGCACUUCGUCCAAGUUUAAAAAAUACUUGCAGCACGGGGACGAGUUUGCCGCCAUGCAAAUUUAUCAGAGUUCUCCCGAGUUACGCAAGAACCUGGACCCAAAUCUGAGUUACGGAGAGAAUCACAACCACAAUACUGCCCUUCACUAUGCUGCCAAACACGUUUUUGGAUAGUCGGUAAAUGUUUUUUGACAAUAAAAUGUGUAACAUCUGUAAGAACUGACCACUACCAUCAGCUAGAAAACAUCCAUCCAAUCGUUUUCUGAACGAACCCUUUCAAAAACAGAAGAAUCGUUUCUUAUUGAAUUACUUACACCUUGCAAUUAUCUGAUUUCCCGAAUCUUCCACAUUCCACUGUAAACUAUUGACUUCAUAUGACCCAAUAGAUAA